AUGAAGAGACUUGGCAGCUCUGAUUCAUUGGGUGCCUUGAUGUCCAUCUGUCCCAAUUCAACAGACGAGCAGAACAGACGGGGGAAUAAUAAUAAUAAUAAUAAUAAUAAUAAUCCGAUGUACGCGGCGGCGGCGAUGAUGGAGGGGUACGAUGAGGAGGAGCAGUGUAUGAUGGACCAGGAAUCCUGCCAGCUGCUGGCGAUGGGAUCGGAGAAGAAGAGGAGGUUGAGCGUUGACCAGGUGAAGGCCCUGGAGAAGAACUUCGAGGUGGAGAACAAGCUGGAGCCGGAGAGGAAGGUGAGGCUGGCGCAGGAGCUUGGCCUGCAGCCGCGCCAGAUUCGAGAGCUGAAAUCAAAGAUAUACGAAGAAGACGGUCCCGACAACUCAGAAAGCAAACAAUCCGAGAAAGAAGAAUAUGAACUAAUGUCCGACUCCGACGAGAAAAGCAGCAAUCCCCAAGCUCCGAUCAUCCCCAAACCGGAAAAGGAUUCCGACUCAGAAAACCUUAUUAUCAACGAUAGCGGCGACAAAGACCAAGCACCACCGCUGGUGCCGCCGGGCCACGACCCGUCGGGUUUCGCCGGCGAUUCAAAAGACGGGUCAUCGGACAGCGACAAUUCAAGCGCAAUCCUAAACGAUGACAACAACAACAAUCGCAACAGCACCAGCCCACGCCACCACCAGUUCUUGGAAAUCGACGGCCAUCCGAAUUAUAUUAAUAAUAAUUCCGACAAUUUCCAGUUUCAAGAACAACCCAACAAGACGACGGCGAUUUUCGGCGGGAAAAACAUCAUCGGCGACGGCGCUCAUCAGUAUCAUCAUCAUCAGCAGCAACAGCAGCAGUUUGUGAAAAUCGAGGAGCACAAUUUUUUCGGCGAGGAAUCUUGCAGCACUUUCUUCUCCGACGACCAGCCUCCCAGCCUCCAUUGGUAUGAGUGGAACUGA